AUGUCCGUUGCACCUCGGAGGAGACUUGCCUGCCGCCUAUGCACGCGCCGUAAGGUCAAGUGUGACAAGCAGAUCCCAUGCCACAAUUGCGUGAAGAGAGGAACUCCAGAAGAGUGCGAACGCGAGGAUGCCGACCAUCUAAAUGCUCCGAGCAGUAUAUCUGGUGUGCGGCGGCCGCCUGACGACACAGCCGCUCUUGCCGCUCUUCGUACUCGUGUGGCCGAACUUGAGGCCGCCCUACAAGAGAGAAUUGCGGAUGCCAAUGUGUCACGGUCUCCAACAACAGCAACGGCAACAACAGAACAGGCCGACGGUAGGGCCGUGGCGCAACUGAGGUCGUCGUCGCCGAGUCAGGGGUCAGACAUUGAGGAUGCCGUCACUGUACUGGAGUUCUUGGCCUGGGGCCGCAUGAAGGAUCCCGACAAUGCAAUGCUGUCGCCCGAAGCCCUCAGAGUUUCGGAGCACGAUGAUGGUAUUGGCAUCAGCCCAGCCGAAGAGCUUGACUGUGCCUUGGAUUCCGGCCGGAAUCUGCUGUCAUGGUUGCAGAUCCUGCUGCCUUCGCGACGCCAGGUGCAUCAACUGGUCGACUAUCACAGCAACUGUAUGCUCUGGUUUCAUGGAUCAUACUUCGCGCCAACGCUCUCCCAAGAACUAGGCUCGUUCUACGCCAACCAUGGGGGAAAGUUCAAUUCGAAGGGAGUCGCCCUGCAAUGGGUGGCACUGCUGUUUUCGGUUAUGGCUGGGACAAUCACCUCCGCCCCGGCACACGAGGCCAGGAAAUGGGGGUUCGACGAAAGCGAGUCACGGCUGUUAUCGCAAAAGUGGUACAAGGCCGUCGUCGUCUCCUUGAAUGCCGCAAAUUUCACCGCACACCAUUGCUUACAUGCCGUGCAAGCGAUCACGACUUUGACAAACACCGCCCACAUGUUGGGCCAUUCAAAUGCUCAGUCCGUCAUGCUGGCAUCUGCGGUCCGUAUAGCGCAGAGUUUGGGCUUGCAUAGACUGGAUGGGGACGCUCCAGGUGCCGCCGUCGAGCUGGAAACCGGUCGUCGUGUGUGGCAGGAGCUGUGCACUCAGGACUGGUUCAGCACGGCCUUCUCUGAAUCGUACUCCAUCAAUCCUCUGCAUUCGACGUCGUCCCCACCCCAAAACUGCGACGAUGACAUGAACGUCCUGGACGAGUCGGAGCCGACUGUUACCAGCUUUUGCAGGUUCCUGUCCAAGAUCGCUGCGAUCAUGCCUGCGCUACAGGAUGCCAUGGCCCUGUCCAAUACGCUUUAUACCAAGCACGAGGCAGUUCUGGUUUAUGACAAAAAGAUGCGAUCGUUGGCCACCGGCAGGCCUUCGUUCCUUGCCAACACGGCCUUCGAUACCAAUUGGCCAUGCUACAUCCCAUGGGCGCGUCGAGCCAUUGCAAUGAGUUCCGCACACAAGAUCAUCAUGAUUCACAGGAAGCUUCUCGGUCUCAGUUUCACCAACCCGGUCUUUGCAUUCACACGUCGAACCUGCCUGGCCGCAUCAAAAACGAUCUUGAAGGAGUACCUUGCGAGCAGCAGAGACGGGUCCAGCCCCAUGCUCUGGACCCAUCAGGCGUUUGCGGUGGCAGCUUGCAUAGUGAUAUGCUUUGACAUUCUUCAUUCGCAAUAUUCCGGCCAGGACGAAUGGCAGCUGGUGGACCAAACCCUCGAACAUCUGCAACUUUGCCAACAAAAGAGCAUGAUAGCCGCUCGAGGAGUCAAAGUCGUGAACGCGCUGCAGAAGCAGAUAGCCAACCGGACGGAAAGUCGAAAGAGGCCCCACGAUGCCGCUAGAGACGCCGCCCCAAGAAAACGACGCCGAGGUUUUGACGCCGCGGAAUUUGCUCAAUCGUUCUGCGAUGCUCAGGACCGUCCGUCGCCCCUGAACCAAGGCAUUUCAGAGCGCCUGACUUCCGCUGGAGAGCUGGACCUCAUGCAACAGGGAACUGAGGACAACGCUCAAGGAAUUAUCGCGGACGAACCGCUUACUCUUCCCGCAGACUUGAAUUGGUCAUGGAGUAUGCCGCUGGGUGAUGAAGAUGGUACCCAGACAUUCGACAGUCUGCUAUCUUUUGCAAAUCAAGGUCGUGGAUUUUAA